UAGCCUGGCGUGUGGAGUGUAGUCACGUGGAGCCAGUCCGCCUCCUUACUGUCCAAACAGAACGUGAGUUGCUAGCUGUCUGCCUGUUUAGAGCGCCGCUUGGCUGCUAAAGCGAUCCAUGUUGUUUUUUUAAGCCAGGCGUCCCUUUAAACUUGACCAUUUUGUCGAAGAAUGAGUGAUAACGACGAUAUCGAAGUCGAUAGUGACGAAGACUCACCGAGAUAUCACUCUGUGGCAGACAAACGGGCACAUCACAAUGCGCUGGAGCGCAAGCGUAGGGACCACAUCAAAGACAGCUUUCACAGCCUCCGGGACUCUGUACCUGCCCUGCAGGGAGAAAAGGUUGGUAGCCUCAAUCACGGUACAGAAACACCCCAGACGAAGCAGUCUACCAAACAGGCGUCUCGAGCUCAAAUCCUAGACAAAGCCACAGAGUACAUCCAGUACAUGAGGCGAAAAAAUCACACACAUCAGCAGGAUAUCGACGAUCUCAAGAGACAGAACGCCCUGCUGGAGCAGCAAGUGCGUGCUCUGGAGAAGGUAAAGGGCUCAGCGCAGCUCCAGACCAACUACUCGUCGUCCGACAGCAGCCUCUACACCAACCCCAAAGGCAGCGCCGUGUCCGCCUUCGACGGCGGCUCCGAUUCCAGCUCCGAGUCGGAACCCGAGGAGCCUCCCAACCGCAAGAAGCUGCGCGUGGAGGCCAGCUAGACAAAAGGAGAGGAAGCCUUUCCGCCGCCACUACCAUCAUCAUCACCACCACAACCACCACCACACCCACCGUUCUUACUCCUCCCCCUUACUGGGUGGGCUUGCACUGGAGACUCAUGACCCCCUCAGAACUCCCCGCACCGCUACCGCCAUCGUCUCCCACAGUAAGACGAGGGAGGUCAACGCCAUCGGGGCGGAGUUCUUCAACACCUCCUCUUCGCUCCCCGCCCUUGUUUAGUUGAUAUUUCCCUUCUAGCAACAAUCCAAAACCCCAAAAAGAGGCAGCUCAGCUACUUGGGGGACUUUUUAAACGUUCCCAUUAGGUAGCCCCGCCCCCUCCCAGGGUUUGUGUGUGGGAGGGGCAGGUGCACGCCAGACAUACUCCUAAGCACUGCUAUAUUAUAUAUUUUUGCUUUAUUUUGUUACUCAACAUUAAAAAAAUAGCCUGGUUAGAACUUAAACACCUAAAUGAAACAUCCUGGAUAAGUUUUUAAAAAGCAUUAAAAAAAAUGUACAUUUGUAGCUUUUCCACUAAAGAAUGUCGAGAUGCUCCGAGGCAAAACGUUAGUGACACCCGCCCACCUCAGGCCCACUGGAUUGCAGAUGUUUUCUGCUGUGACACAUUUGUUAAGAAAAAAAAGAAAUUGAUGUUUUGAAUGAGAAUAUUCCUAAACUUGUAACGUAUUUUGUCCUUUAGCUUGAAGUAGUGAAUGACUUUAGGUGGCUGAGUACAUUCGGCAGCUUGUUUUAUAGACCAUUAAUGAAAAACAACAAAAAAAAAAAGACGAGUAUCGAUUGGAUGUUUUCAAGCUCAGAUGUAUGUUAUGCAUUUUGUAGUCGUCAUCUCACAGGCCACGAAAGAUGUCACUUCAACGGGAAUGUUCCAAAGUAGCCAAUCCAGCCCCUCUGUGGAUGUGUCGUGCUUUACAAAGUCCAAAAUCAAUGUUGCUGAAUCCCCAGGGGGGGGGAAAAAGGAAGCAUUUUUUUUGCGUGUCUAGGAAAAGUGUGUCUGUAUAUUGUUUCCAUUUGAGGUCCAUUCAGGAGGAUUAUAAUUAAUGUACCGGGUCUUUGUUUUGUCCGAUUCCAUUCCAUGGAAAUUACAAGUAUGUUGUACAUACUGCCAACAGUUGUCUUGCAAGUUGAGGCCUACCUUUAUUAUGAGACUAUAAAAUAAACUAUUUUAUCCUUUAA